GGCCAAUUGGCAGGUGCGCCGUGGCUCGGCUUGGCCAGCAGAUGGCGGUCGAGUACGUGCGUUGCGCGCUGCCGCGCGGAUUCGGACUGAAACUUACGCGGCGCUGUACGUCACCGGCCUCCAAAAUGGCCGCCGUCGCCGAGACUAGCUGGGCUGCUCGCCGGUCGCUUGACGCACAGUAACCGCCAGUAACCGCCGCAGGACGCGCGUCCGGCCCAUGUUCCGCUCGGAGCUGCGCGCUGGCCCCGCGGGCGCGUCCCACACCGCGUGAGGGGGCGCUGUACGAUGCGCCGAGGGAGCCGAGCCGCGCCGUUCGUUCGCAGUCGCGCUCCGUGCAGCUGCAGCCGCCGCGCGCCCGUCCGUCCGCGGAGCUCCGCGCGGCGGGGGGAGACAGAGGACAGGAGAGGAGGGUAGGGUAGGUGAGGGUAGGUGGGGGUGCCGUGAAUGAGAUGGAAAAGGCGGAAAACGGGGCCGCGCACCGCCUGGCUUCUUCUGUGGACGCGAACGACGGCAACGACGACGACGAAGAGGAGGAGGAGGAGACGGAGAGACACGGCGCGCGCCCACCAGCGCCAGAAGAAGCGGGAAGUCGGGCGCGUUCGCGGAGCACGAGCUCCAGCGGAGACUCAGAUUGGCGCGCGCAGCCGCGCAAUGGAGGAGGCGCGCCGGAUUUCGUGGCGGAGGGUCUUCCGGGGCUCCGGGACGAGGAGGGCGGAGGGACCGGGGCCCGGGAGCUGCUGCUGCUGCUGAACGGGUUCGCCGCCGAGGCGCUGGAGGGGCAGCGGCAGGGGCUCGCGGAAGGGGCGGGGGCGGGCGCGGGCAGGAGGAUGCUGCUGCUGGAGGGGGUGUCGCGGGUGGCUGGGGACGGGGACGGAGACGAGGACGGCGGAGAGAGCCCCCCUACCCCCGCGGGGCCGUGCGGUGAGAGGCCCCGCAGCGAGGAGACCCGCGUGGCCAACGGCGGGGUGCUGAUGGGGGCCGCGGACCCGGAUCCGUGCGAAGGACCCGAGAGCGCCCCCCUCUCUCCGGCGUCGUCCUGCGGCGGCGGCACCCGGGGGUCACCCGGGGUCGAGGAGCCGCAGCAAGCCCUCGAAUGGGGCCGCGUCGCUUUCGAAGCCGGCGCCGACCGCUCUCCGUGGCCCCCGGGCUCCGAGGGCGAUCCCCCGCCCGGCAGGAGCGCCCCCCCGAGGCGCCUGGCCCUCAGGAGCCGCCCGAUGGGCGCCGUGUCCCUGAGCUGCGACGCCACCCCCCUGAGCCCCGGCGACGAGCCUCCCGGUCCGGCCUUCGGCGAGUCGCCGCUCGGCUCCCGGAACACGUUUGAGUCGAGCCGCAGGCAAAGCGCCCCGGAGCACCUCCCCGACGGGCUGAGCGUCGCCUCGGACCCCUCCUCGGACCAGGCGUCGAAACAAAAAAAGCACGGAAUUUCAGAUUUUUUUGGCAGGAGCUUGUUUUCCAGGAAGCAGAAGGACCCGAGGCCCAUGGUGCAGAGCGCCCCCGGAUGGAAGCUCUUUGGGAAGGUCCCUCUCCGGGAGAACGCCCAGAAAGACUCCAAAACCAUCCAGCAGGAGGGUAACUGCGCCAAUCUCACCUCUGUAUCUACACCCAAUCUCUUAAGCACAGGGGAGUACGAGGCACGGAUGGGGAAAGCGGCCAACCCCCCCUCUCAGUCUCAGCACGGGAGACGCAAGAACCUGGAGUUUGAACCGCUGUCAACCACAGCGCUCAUCCUGGAGGACCGGCCGGCGAACCUCCCAGCCAAAUCGGCGGAGGAGGCGCAGCGCCACCGGCAGGAGUACGAUGAGAUGGUAGCGGAGGCCAAGAAGAGAGAGCUGAAGGAGGCCCAGAGGAAGAAGAAGCUGAUGAAGGAGAGGUUCAAGCAGGAGGAGAGCAUUGCGAACGCCAUGGUCAUCUGGAAUACUGAGAUUCUGCCCAACUGGGAGAACAUGCGGCACACGCGCAGGGUUCGAGAGCUGUGGUGGCAGGGCCUGCCUCCCAGCGUGCGGGGCAAAGUGUGGAGCCUGGCCAUUGGAAACGAGCUGAACAUCACACAUGAGCUGUACGAGAUCUUCCUCUCCCGGGCCAAGGAGCGGUGGAGGAGCCUCAGCGAGACGGGGUCGGAGAACGACGCCGAAGACUCGGGAGCGUCACUUGCUGACCGCGAGUCCAGCCUGGAUUUGAUCAAGCUGGAUAUUUCGCGCACGUUCCCCUCCCUUUUCAUAUUCCAGAAGGGAGGACCGUACCAUGACCUCCUGCACAGCGUGCUGGGUGCCUACACCUGCUACAGGCCAGAUGUUGGCUACGUCCAGGGGAUGUCGUUCAUUGCUGCGGUCCUCAUCCUGAACCUGGAAGAAGCAGACGCGUUCAUCGCCUUCGCCAACCUGCUCAACAAGCCCUGCCAGAUGGCCUUUUUCCGAGUGGACCACGACUUGAUGCUCAAGUACUUUGCUGCGUUUGAGGUGUUCUUCGAGGAGAACCUCCCCCGACUGUUUGGUCAUUUUAA